AUGUCCAGUGAUAAGUCCAAGGCUGCCUCCCAGACCGACGGGAAGGCUACCCAGAGCAAGAAGUCCGAGAUGGGCAUGAUGUCCUACAAGAUGUUUGUGUUUGACCAGGAGAACUUCCAGGGUCGCAUGGUUGAGAUCAGCAACGAGUGCAUGAACGUGUGUGAGAUGGGCAUGGACCGCGUCCGCUCCCUCCGCGUUGAGUGUGGACCCUUCGUGGGCUUCGAGCAGAUGAACUUAUGUGGUGAGCACUACAUCCUAGAGAAGGGAGAGUACCCCCGCUGGGACUCUUGGAGCAACUGCCAGAAGAACGACUACCUGCUGUCCUUCAGGCCCGUCCGCAUGGACCCAGAGAAGCACAAGAUCUGCCUGUACGAGGUUGGAGAGUUCAAGGGUCGUAAGAUGGAAAUCAUGGACGAUGACGUUCCCUCUCUGUUCUCCUACGGCUUCACCGACAGGGUCGGCAGCAUCAUGGUCAGCUGCGGAACCUGGGUGGGCUACCAGUUCCCUGGAUACCGUGGCUCCCAGUACCUGCUGGAGAAGGGCGACUUCAAACACUUCAACGAGUAUGGCGCCCGCCACCCCCAGUUCCAGUCCGUGAGGCGUAUCCGCGACAUGCAGUGGCACCAGCAGGGAUGCUACACUAUGGCCAGCAAGUGA